AUGUAUGGGCAUCCUGUCCAAGACCAGGAGGCCUUGCCGGUGCAGCUGAUACGUGACAUUGCUCAGUUUGAUGAGCGACGGCCGGCUGUGGUCACAGCGAUUGGGCAUGCACUCUGUAGCCAAAGCGGGGCUGCUUUCCUUCUUACCUGCCUUGCGCAACGUGCCGGUGAAGUUGACGUGUCGUUCGAAGUGCAGCAUCUGGGGCGGAAAGAUGAAGUAGGAGAUGCUUGGCAUGAAGUUCGCCGCAAGAAGUUCCGGGAGUUUCUGGCAGAGUUUGAUGAACCACCGCAGCUGCCUUUGUGGUUGUGUGAUGAGCAGCUGCUGGAUGGAUUGGAUGUACUUGAUGACAUCCAGCAUCUUGCUAUCUUCGGUGCGCAGAACUUGCUGAUGGAAGUGCCGAGCUUGUGCCCACGCUCUGCUGCGGUCUGGAUAGCCUCGCCCGGAGCUGGCAGCUGUUGGCGGCGAGAUCCUAUUUGUUGGAGCACCUGUAUGCUCCUCAUGCUCGGGAGUGCUAUCGUCCUGCUUCGUCCGCCCGCGUCUCCGCCAGCAGCCGCGCUGCCCUUGGGGUUUGGUGGAGCUUCGGUGGCCCCAUGUUCCGCAGACGGCGGUGACUACAGCAUUCACGUCUCCGCAGGAGAGCUGGCAGUGGUACCCCCAGGUUGGUGGUACAGCUUGAAGAGUACAGCAAAGGUUUUCGCUCUCCAGCUGCAGCGGCUUGGCCCGGCUUCCGCUGUUUGGGCUCUGCCCCAGCUGCUGGAAAGCCUCGGCAAGAGGGAGCUCGACACCUCGCCCGUGUCGCUGGCAAGAGGGGUGGAGAAAGCGGUCUCCGAAUACUUCCCUCGCGACGUGCUUUGUGUACUGCGCCGCUGCUGCGGAGGUCUGUUUCCCUUGCCGCAAGAGAUGACACCACCACUUGUGAAAGCGGCCAGCAGCCAGCAGGAGCUGAUGCAGGCUAUGUGGGGCCUCAGCGCGCGGUUUCCUGAGUUCGUGAUGUCCGGAAGUCUGCUUCCUGCAGACGCCGCAAGCUUCUCCCGUGCGGCUUUGGAAGCCUUCGUUGCCACCGCCGGCUUUUGGCGGCCGUUGCCAUUUCAGAAAUCUGCGGCCAAUACUUGCAUGGACCGUGUCCGCCGUGACCUGGACGAGCUGACCCUGCCAGGCCACACUGCUAUGACCAGCAGUCUUUCAUGCAAAGGCGGCCUGCCUCGCGUCAUAUGGAUGUUUUGGGCACAGGGUCAACAAGGUUUGGGCCCAUUUCGAAAGGCCUGUAUCAACUCAUGGGUUCACAAGAACCCGGAGUGGCAGGUGGUGCUGCUCAGUGCACAGACCUGUUUCGACUACGUGGCAGAGACAGACCUGCCAAAUACCUGGCACCACCUUCGACGCGAUGCUGCUGCUGAUGCGCUUCGCCUGGCGUUGCUCUCCAAGUUUGGUGGUGUGUACGUGGAUGUGAGUGUUGUUUGCAACAAGAGCUUGGACCAGUGGCUGAUGCCUCGUAUUGAAGGGAAGGGGCUGGCAGCAUUUGUGUUCAAGCAGUUCGGUCGGGCAGACUGCAGCAAUCACGGAGAAUACCUGGAAAAUUGGUUCCUGGCCUGUCCAAGAAACAGCGAACUUGUUUGCAGCUGGAAGGCCGCCUUUUUACGUUUCUGGCACGGGCGGACAAGUGCCUGUGAUCAUGGAGGGUUGCAAGCCUGCGAAAUGUUCAAGGGAGUCGACUUGAGUUGCAUGCAGGAGUCGCAGAUGAACUAUUUGACGAUGCACUGUUGUUUCAAGUGGCUCAUUGAUUCGGACCCACGAGCUAGAUGCCUUUGGAAGACCAACACUGUGCUUUUCAAUGCAGAUGACGCGUUGGGUUGGAUUCUGGAACUGGAAGGCGUGGGCACGGAUUGGGUCAGGACCAAUGUUGCUGGGCGGCAUGCCUCGAGGUGGUUGUACCGGGAUGACGUCGCCUGGGUGUCCGGCCUUGUGCACAGGGCAGUGGUCCUGAAGUUUGUAGGCUUGCACGCGCAGGUUUUUGACAAGCAGCCUUCGCAAAAUUUGCUGCGUGCUGGCAGCUGCAUGCAUUGGCUGCUGCAGCAUGCCUUGCCGAAGUUAGAUGACCAGGAAGUAGUGGAUGCAACUGGCUUGGAGUUUGAAAUGGCCGACUGA